GAUGACCAGAGACUGCGACACAGACAUAGUACAGGAGAUGACAGAGACUGCGGACACAGUACAGGAGAUGACCAGAGACUGCAGACACAGUACAGGAGAUGACCAGAGACUGCAGACAGAGUACAGUACAGGAGAUGGUCAGAGACUGCGGACACAGUACAGGAGGAUGACCAGAGACUGCGGACACAGUCAGGAGAUGACCAGAGACUGCAGGAGUACAGGAGAUGACCAGAGACUGCGGACACAGUACAGGAGAUGACCAGAGACUGCGGACAGUACAGGAGAUGACCAGAGACUGGGACACAGUACAGGAGAUGACCAGAGACUGCGGACAG